AUGAGUGAAUCUUUUUUUACAAAAGAAUAUGCGUCUGGUCUUAUUUUAUUCAAUAUUAUCGAUAAAUCAUCUCAUAUUGGAUGUAUUACAAUAAAUAAUCCAUCAAAACGUAAUGCAAUAUCACGUCAAAUGUGGUUAGAUUUAUCAAAUUUAUUAGAUGAUUGUCUUCUUAAUUAUAAAACUAUACGUGUAUUAAUAUUAACUGGUCAAGGUCAAAUAUCAUUUUGUUCAGGUGCUGAUUUAUCCGAAAAAGAAGAUGAAGAUAUUGAUCAUACAAUACCAAAUAUACGUAUUAAACUUCUUCAAUUUCCAUUACCUAUUAUUGCAAAAAUAAAUGGUUAUUGUUUAGGUGGUGGUCUUGCAUUAGCUAUGCAUGUUGAUAUUCGUAUUGCAUGUCAAAAUGCUCUUUUUAGUAUACCAGCUGUUAAAUUAGGUUUAGCAUGUCCAAAAGAUAUAAUUGAUCGUUUAAUUAAAUUAGUUGGUGAAUCUCAUGCUAAAAUGAUACUUUAUACAGGUGAUCGAAUAUCUGCUCAACAAGCUUAUUCUAUAGGAUUAAUUCAAUAUGUCACUGAUAAUCAUGAUAGUUUAGAUCAAUAUGUAUUUGAUUUAGCUCGAAAAAUAUCAUGUAAUGCUCCAUUAUCCGUACGUUCAAUUAAAUUAAUGAUUGAAAAUAGAAAUGAUGAUUUAGCUAUAAAAAACGUUAUUGAUGCAUGUCGAAAUUCUAAUGAUAUUAUUGAAGGUCGAAAUGCUUUUCGAGAAAAACGAGAAGCUAAUUUUCAAGGUUGUUAA